AUAUUUGUAAUCAAGAAGAUGAUAAACUGUUAAACUGAAAGACAAAAGGGGCAAAAAAAGAGUAGAGAAGUUUUAAAAAGAUGGCUAGUCUGGGCAUGUACUCCUGGACUACAGGAAUCAAGAAAAGGGUAUUUGUAAGAGUUGCUAAUUUAGCAAAAGAGAAUGAAAAGAGAGUAGAAAUAGCAGAGAAAGUGAAAAAUUCAAAAGUAGUAAUACUUGGUGGAACUGGAAGAGUUGGUGGUUCUACUGCUAUUGCUCUUUCUAAGCUCUGUCCUGACAUUAACAUUGUUAUUGCUGGUCGAAAUAGGGAGAAAGGGGCAUCCAUGGUGUCAAAACUAGGAAAGAAUGCAGAAUUCGCUGAAGUAAAUAUAGACGACAGAGAAGCGUUAGAAGCCAAUUUGACAGAUGCGGACAUUGUGGUUCAUGCUGCUGGGCCAUUCCAACAGUCAGAAAACUGUAAAGUACUAGAAGCUGCCAUUGGGACCAAGACAGCCUAUCUUGAUAUUUGUGAUGACACAAGCUAUGCAACACGAGCAAAGUCCUAUAUGAAUAAAGCACUGGAAGCCAAUAUUCCUGCCAUAACUACUGGUGGAAUCUACCCAGGAGUGAGCAACGUGAUGGCAGCAGAGCUUGUUCGCACUGCAAAACUUGAAAGCGAGGGUGAAUUAGAGAGGCUUAGAUUCUACUACUACACUGCUGGCACUGGUGGUGCUGGACCUACUAUUUUAGCUACUAGUUUUUUGCUUCUUGGAGAGGACGUAAUUGCAUAUAAUAAAGGAGAGAAAAUCAAAUUGACUCCUUAUAGUGGGAUGCUUAGUAUUGACUUUGGAAUGGGGAUCGGCAAGAAGGAUGUUUACCUCCUAAAUCUUCCAGAGGUGAAAAGUGUGCAUGAGGUCCUUGGUGUACCAACCGUUAGUGCUCGGUUUGGAACAGAUCCAUUCUUCUGGAACUGGGGAAUGAUUGCUAUGAGAAAUUUACUUCCUCAAGAAUUUCUGAGGGAUAGAAGCAAAGUACAACAGCUGGUUCAACUAUUCGAUCCAGUUGUUCGAGCCGUUGACGGAACAGCUGGAGAGGCAGUCUCAAUGCGAGUAGAUUUAGAAUGCUCAGAUGGACACAACAGAAUUGGCAUAUUUAGUCAUACAAGACUUUCUAGAUCAGUGGGAAUUUCAACGGCUGCAUUUGUCCUUGCUAUUCUUGAGGGAAGCACAAAACCUGGUGUCUGGUUUCCUGAAGAGCCUGAAGGAAUUGCAGUUGAAGCAAGGGAAGUUCUUCUCCAAAGAGCUUCCGAGGGAACGAUAAACUUCAUACUAAACAAGGCUCCAUGGAUGGUAGAAACAAAUCCAAAAGAGCUCGGUUUUGGGAUAUAUUCAUAAAUUCAAUAUAGAGAUUUGACUGAUCAAGCGUCGAGUGUGGAGCCAAAGUGCACCCUCACCUUCUCUAUAUAUUGGUGCAGUCUUUAAGAUUUGAAUGCGUACAGCUUGUUAGUUGUCAAGUUUUAUAAUACUUCGUCCUUCCAUUUGAAUAGACUUAACAAGUUUGUCAAUAGCAGAGGUGAGUUCAGGAUAUUUGGUCUGAAAUAUUUACACCAAUAUACAUAUAU